UAAUCAAACAAGUAGAGCUCUCUCUCUCUCUCUCUCUCUCUCUCUCUCGUGGAGGAAAGCAGAGUUCGCUGAUAAUGGGGCAGGGCACACCGGGCGGGCUGCACCGGCAGCCCGGCGAUCGGAAGCAGGACGGCGCCGACAAGAAGGAGAAGAAGUUCGAGCCGGCGGCGCCUCCGUCCCGCGUCGGCCGCAAGCAGCGGAAGCAGAAGGGGCCCGAGGCCGCCGCCAGGCUCCCGACUGUCACGCCCCUCACCAAGUGCAAGCUACGGCUGCUGAAGCUGGAUCGGAUCAAGGACUACCUGCUGAUGGAGGAAGAGUUCGUGGCGAACCAGGAGCGUCUGAAGCCGCAGGAGGAGAAGGCGGAGGAGGACCGGUCGAAGGUCGAUGACCUGAGAGGGACACCAAUGAGCGUCGGGAACUUGGAGGAGCUGAUAGACGAGAAUCACGCAAUCGUUUCGUCCUCUGUCGGGCCGGAGUACUACGUUGGGAUCCUUUCUUUCGUGGACAAGGAUCAAUUAGAGCCCGGCUGCGCCAUUUUGAUGCAUAACAAGGUUCUUUCGGUAGUAGGGCUUCUUCAGGAUGAAGUUGAUCCGAUGGUAUCGGUGAUGAAAGUCGAGAAGGCUCCUCUGGAAUCGUACGCCGACAUUGGUGGCUUAGAUGCUCAGAUACAGGAAAUUAAGGAAGCGGUUGAGCUUCCCCUGACUCAUCCCGAGCUGUAUGAAGAUAUUGGGAUUAAGCCCCCGAAGGGAGUUAUACUGUACGGAGAGCCCGGAACUGGCAAAACUUUACUUGCAAAGGCGGUUGCAAACUCUACGUCGGCAACCUUUUUGCGUGUUGUUGGAAGUGAAUUGAUUCAGAAGUACCUGGGUGACGGCCCAAAAUUAGUGAGGGAACUGUUCAGGGUUGCUGAUGAUCUCUCUCCUUCGAUUGUGUUCAUUGAUGAAAUUGAUGCAAUUGGUACAAAGAGAUAUGAUGCGCACUCAGGUGGUGAGCGAGAAAUUCAGAGGACCAUGUUAGAACUGCUUAAUCAGCUGGAUGGUUUUGAUUCGAGGGGAGAUGUCAAGGUCAUUCUUGCUACAAACAGAAUCGAUAGUCUUGACCCUGCGCUGCUUCGCCCUGGUAGAAUAGACAGGAAGAUCGAAUUCCCACUUCCUGAUAUCAAAACAAGGAGGCGCAUCUUUCAGAUUCAUACGUCGAGGAUGACAUUGGCUGAUGAUGUGAAUCUCGAGGAGUUUGUCAUGACGAAGGACGAGUUCUCGGGAGCUGAUAUAAAGGCAAUUUGUACUGAAGCUGGGUUGCUUGCUUUAAGAGAACGCCGAAUGAAGGUGACUCAUGCAGACUUCAAGAAGGCGAAGGACAAGGUGAUGUUCAAGAAGAAAGAGGGUGUCCCUGAAGGACUUUAUAUGUGAUAAAACUCUUUUCCCCUUAAGAAGAGACAUUUCUUUUGGUCUUUAGACCUUUGUACAAGUCAGCUCCGUUUGCUAUUGAAAGUACGGACUAGCGAAGGGAUCAUCCAUUCGGUCCGCUCCUAUAUUUGGAAUCGAAAGUAGAUUCAAGAAACGAGCAAUCGUGAAUUUGGAAGAUGCAA